AUACAGAAUUUAUGAAUCAUUAAACCAAUAACACAUGACUUUAAUACAGAUUUGAAAAUCAUAGAACCAAUAACAGUAGAUUUAGUUCGGAUUUUCAAAUCCAUUAAAAUACAACAACCAAUAACCCUUACGAAGUAUAUCUUGCUAUGUAAAGCGUCUAGACUCUAGAGUUGUGAAAAAAAAGUCUAACACAACUAUUGGUUUAUGGAUCGAUCUAUCUAAUCUAGAUCCACAACUAAAUCCUGCGCCAUUAAUGUGCAAAGCAUUAUUGUUCUAUAGUAUUAUCUUUUGUUGCAUACAUACAAUUUAAAUUUGUUGCAACCUAACUAUGUACCUUAACAUAUAUAUAUAUAGAGAGAGAGAGAUAUAUAUAGAUAUAGAUAUAGAUAUGUACCAUGGCAUCAUAUGUUAUUCUUUUUAUGGCCCAUUCUAUAUAGGAAAAUUGAAUAUUCAAUACUUUCGAUCGGUGAAUAAUAUCAUCACUGAUAUAUAACAUAUUUGUCUUAAUAAGAUUUUGCACUUACAAUAAUAGUCAAAGUUAUUUGUAUUAGUUAUGAUUUCCGGAAGGAAUGGAUGAUGUCUAGCUACUCAUCAAGUCCGUUCGGAAAUUUUAUUAGUUUGAAUAAACGUAAAAUUCAGAAAACUACUACGUACUGUCACUACAACGAAACAUUAUAUUUUUUGACCAAAAUUAUUACCACUUUAAUUGAUCAAAACGAUUUGUGACCACAAACCGACAAUUUAAUGAAGAGUAAAAGAUGUGGACAUAAAGUGGCAGUAAUUAACGACGAAAAGAGAUGAUUAGAAAAUGGUCAAAACGUUAUGACCAAAUAUUGACAAUUAAAAUAUGGUCAAAAACGUGGUCAGCAUUUGAUCAAAAAGUCGUCGCACUUGUUUUCAAAAUUAGCUGUUUGUGGCCGUUUAGAUAGUGGUCAGAAAAUGUCAAAAUUUUGAUUUUUGCGUACGUUUACAAACUAGCCGUUCAACACACGAUCUCUAUAUAAAUAAUGUACCUCAUAGUAGGCGAUUCACAUAAACUACGAAAGGAACACACUGAAAAUGUCAUCAAAUAUUUCUAAUUUUCGUUCUUGGAUGAACAAUCAAUGGGAUUCCAAUGGACAGAUUUCAAAGGAGUUUGCGGAAGGGCUUAAAGAAUUUAUGUGAUUCGGAAACCAAGAUAUUACUUUGAGAAGAGGUAAGAUGUUUUGUCCUUGUAUUCGUUGUGAUAAUAGUAAAUUUAUUCCCAUAGAAAGAGUAUGGAAUCAUUUGUAACAGUGUGGAUUUACUCCUAAUUAUAAAAUCUGGUAUUUACAUGGAGAAGUUGAUAUAGGAAAUAUACCUAGUACUAGUGAAUAUGUGCCGGUUAGUAUAGAAGAAUCUAGAAUGGUGGUAGAAUCUAGGGAUACAAUAGAAAUGGUAAACGAUGCAUUUCGUGACAAGAAGGUGAAGCAGAUUGUGGAGACUGUCAAAGAGAAGAUAAAUGAUCAGCUAACUCAAGAUAGAUCAACUGAGACAAACCAUCUUACCCAAGCAGAGAUCAACACUCUUGUUUUAAGGGAAACUCCUAUAAUUAAGGAUCACCGUUUUGGGUUUGGAACACUACCAGAGCCAGGACAACCACCUUCUUCAGCUAGAUUCAUGCCUAAUUUAGACCAAGAUGAGCAAUUACGUAUUGCAAGCGAGAAGAUUGCUUUGGCAUAUGAGAAGAUUGCUAUGGCAAAUGAGAAGAUUGUGACUUUGGAGGAAUGACAAAGUGGACCAAGGUAAAGUUAUAAAGUAUCUGCAAAACUUGGCACAUAAGGUUGUUAGCAAAUUUCCAGAAUUGCUAGAUGAAGAUGAAGAUGCCACUCAAGAAUAAUUAUGUAUUAGUUACCAUGCUUCUGUUUUGUAGUUAUCAUGCUUCUGUUUUGUGGUUAAAACUUUAGUAAUGACCAAUUGUAACUUGUUUGUUAACUAUAAGACACAACUUAUUCAGCCUUUAUUUAAGUAUUUUGCUAAAACUAUUUCGAACGCUAUUAUUUAGAUUUUAAUUAUAAAAAUAUUUGAUUUUGUCAUUUAUUUAUAUUAGAUACAAUUUUGUUGAUUAAUAAAAAAAACACUAAUAGAUGGUUAGAAUGUCGUUAGAAAAUAAGUGGUUCAAAGUUUGUCAAUAAUAAAUUGUCACAAGCCGGUCAAAAAGUAAUCAAAACAAAUGGUCACAGAGUGGUCACCAAUCUUUAUAUAUAAAGAAGGGUUUGUAUCUCUCCCAGGCUAUCCACGUCAGCUGACAGGUCAUAAAUUCGUAUGAUACUGUUGCAACACGUGUCCUCCUGCAACGAAAUUCUGCGUUUCAUUAAUUCUCAAAUCAGAUAGGCUUGGCAAUUGGAUGGGCUUAUUUCUACAAAACUUAAUUUUUUAUGGGCCGUGUAUUCGAGAAUGGUCUAUUGUCCGCAACUCCAAAUGUCAUCAUCGUCUCCUCGCAUACCCUAUCUUUCAGAGACUCUUAGAAAACGCCUCAUUCAAUUGAUCUAAUAAAGCUUCAUAACUGCGACAACAAACUUUUCGCCUCUCACUAAAGGAUGCAGUAACCCCACCGUCUUUGCGUUUCUCAGAAUCGUACCUAUAAAUAUGGAUGUCGACUUCCAUGGCUCUCACCACUGCAAUCUACAUUCCAUUCUUCACUAUUUCUCUCUCUGGAAUUCUGUUUACAGCAAAAGACAUUCACAAUUCCUACUCUUUCAAUUGCAACACGACCGAGAAAGUAAUGACCCGUUCUGGGAAGCGCAAAAAGUAAAAAAAAAUGGAAAAGCUAAUCAGCGCCGCCAUGCUCACGAACGACAAGGUAGUUGUUUUAAUUAAAUAGCGAUCUUGAGAAUAUUGAGUGGACACCUUCAUAUUUGACUUUUCAGAUGAAGUUUGGGCUGAGUUAGUGACGUAACCGUUGCCAACCAACACGCCACUGAGACAUCGCUGGCGAUGUCUUCGUUGUUUCCGAACAGGGACGAGAGGAGAGAGAGGUAUAUCUGAUGGCCGUUGCUGCCGAGAGGUGGGAACCAGUGGAUCGCCGGCGGAGACGGAGUGGAUUGUGCGGCUGUGUAGAGUUUGUUUAGAACUACGCCGUUAAAGAUUGAGAGGACAGAAGACGAUAAGAUUUGAGUGGACGACAUGUUCUCUUUAAUUUGAUUUUGUUUAAGGAUAUUUCAGAAAAAGCUCUUAAAUAAAAACGUAAACAAAUCAA